AUGCUGAACGUCCGCCGCGUUCAGGCCAGCUUGCACUUGGCGCUCAUCGGCCUCGCCAUUCCCUAUGUAUGGCUGAACACUGGUAUCUUGAUCACCAUCGCGGACGCAAAGAACACAGCAGUAGCACAACUUGUGUAUGCGCUCUCGGGAACUGGCUGGCUCCUCCUGUUCGCAAUCGUGAUCUACAUGAGCAAGCGCGACGCCGACGACGUCCUCGCCUUCAGCUGGAAGGAUAGGAUCGCGCUCGCUUGCGCCUUUAUCCACGGGACGAUCAGCAAUCUCGCAAUCCGGCAAGAAAAGGGGUAUACAAUGAUCGCGAUUCUGUCGCUCAUGUGCACCUUGAUCUUCGGCGUGCUUUGCAUUGGUACCGUCGUGAUAGACCUCGUGCGGUGGAAGAGUGACGACGAAGACGACGGCGGCGAGGGCCUCAUUAUGGACGGCGGCGAGGAGGGCAACCUCACGCUCACCCAAACGCCACGCAUCCAGUGGCCACACUUCUACAACUCGUCGCGGCUCAAGAUCUACCGCCUCGCUGGGGCCGCGUCACUCGUCUUAUUGGCAGGUGUUACGGAGAGUGUGAUGUCAGCUUCGUUUCUACGCCUAGGCCGCGUGUUUGGCACCCUGAUGUUGAUCCUUCUUUCGGGUUCAAGCGUCGCUCUCUCUCUAGUGAUCAAUGGGCCUAAGGGCGGGGACGGGACCAACCAGUAUUACUCCUUGGCUAAGGUUGCCCUUGGCGCCUCGAACAUCCUCUUCAUCUCUUUGAUCGUUGAAGGGGGAGUGCACGUCUACGUUACUGUCUCAAUGCUGAUAGCAGACUCCCCACGACAGCUUUAG